UUGUCCAAUGCGGCCGUACCUCUAGAAAUUGCAGAAACAGAGAGUGUGUCAGUGGGGAUUAGCGACGACUGGGUGUUGCAACGGAACCUCCGCCUGUUCUCUGCCUCCAAACAGGCGGUCGCUCACUAUCAUGAGUCUGUGCCGGACGGGGAAGAGGAGUCCCGUCUAUUGUUGUUUAAGAUCACUUUCGCUACAGACGAGACUGCGCUCGGGGUAUCCUGGCAUCAUACUUUAGGGGAUGCUACCGUCCUCCAACGGUUCAUGCAUUGUCUAUCUGAACAAUAUCAAGGACACGACGUUGCUCAGCUCCCCCCGCCUACGUUCACUAAAAGAAGCUUCCGAAGCCCGACACCCAUCCUCAAUGCUCAGUAUUCUCCG